AUGGAGUAUAUGGAGAACUCCAUACCCAGAAUAACUCAGGGUAUGGAAUUCCACACCCAGAAUUAUGUAGAUGCGUUUGUAGUAGAGAGAGAAAGAAAUGGCCAGGUGUUGCAACCGGUGAUCCGGUUCCUGAAGCCGGCAGUUCGAAAUCUCAAUUUUCUAGAGAACGACCGUCGUGGAGUGCCACAAGCUUUUCGAAAGUGGCAGAGUACUUAUCCAUGGCUCGAUCUGAAUUCAAACAGUAGAGCCAUUUGGAAGCUCUGUACUGAGGCAACGCAAAAGAAAUUGCCAUUAGCGAAGAAUAGUCAAACUGUAAUUGGUCAAAGUACUUGGGUAGAAAACGGUUUUGACACGUGGAAAAACGCCGUUCUACGGUUCAUGAAGCACGAAACAAGUGAAUUGCAUCGUGAAACUUUAACUGGAAUAGCCAAUUUGAGUAAGCCAACGGUUGUGAGUUCUUUGUCACACGGAAAGCAAAAAGAGAUGGCUGAUGCACGAAUAGCUCUUGAAAAGAUGUUUAACACUGUCAACGUCUUAGCCAGACAAGAGUUGGCAUUGCGAGGAAGGGAUAACGAUGAAAAUUCUAAUCUCAUCCAACUAUUGAAAAUGAGAGCCGAAGAUGUUCCGCAGCUUGAAGCGUGGUUGAAACGGACGAGUUAUAAAUGGCUGCACCAUGAUUCUGUCAACGAAAUCUUAGAGAUAAUGGCUGGAGAUUUAAUUCAGAAACUCGUGAGGAAAAUAAAAUCGGUUGCCUAUUUCGCGCUCAUAGCAGAUGAGACAGCUGACGUUACUAGAGUGGAGCAGGUAUCCAUUUCCAUCAGGAUUGUCUUGGAUGAUUUAUCAAUUGAAGAGAUCUUCAUGGGCUCCUAUGCAACGAGUAAUACGAGAGCAGAGACACUAUUUAAAAUUAUGAAGAACGUUUUACUUCGCUUCAACUUAAAUAUUGCCACUCUACGAGGCCAAUGCUACGACGGUGCGCCCAACGUCAGUGGAGGUUUGACUGGGCUACAGGCUCGAAUCCGCAAAGAAAAACCUCGGGCACUUUACGUGCAUUGUUCGGCGCAUACAACGAACCUUGUUGCUCAAGAUGCCAUGGAAGCCGUUAAAUCGGCUAGAAAUUUCAUCGGAGUAAUCAAGGAGUUAAUCAAUUUUAUUCGGGAUUCUCCUAAGAGAGUGGCAGAGUUCAAACUUCUCCAAACAGAAGACUCACCUACAUUGUCGCAAUUUUGUCCUACGAGGUGGUGCAUGCGGAUCAAAUCUUUAAAAAGUAUGAGGCCUAACUUUGGAGCCGUUCUAUCAUUUUUGGAGCAAUCAAAAGAUGAUCUGAGAAUAGACAGUGCUGCAUCAACGAAAGCUUCAGGAUUUCUAAAGCACCUUGAAAGUUUUGAUUUCUUCUUCCAUCCGACCCUCAUCAUCAGCGUAUUGGAAAGAAUAGAAAUUCUUAACACUGAGCUGCAGAAGAGUGACCUCUGUUACAACAACUCACACAAAAAGGUGAAGGCAGUCGUUGAGUCUCUUCUUUCAACACGGCAAUUCGGAUUUGAGACUGUGUGGGCCGAUGCGAUUACUGGCGCAAAAGAGCUCGAUUUGGAUAACCCGGAACUCCCUCGACUCCGAAAUCGUCCGAGAAAACUUCGAACGGAAAGCGAGCCUGAAAUUCAUUUUUCCACGGCAAAAGAGUAUUUCGAGAAUAUUUUCAAUAAUAUCGUUGAUCAGGUACUCGAUUCGCUAAAUACCAGAUUUCAGUCGGAAACUAUGACUCUCCUUAAUAAGUUGGAGGAUUUCGUUGUUGGGAGAGAAUAUGAAUGUGCGACGGUUGAUCAAACUGUUGUUGACAAUUCUGGCAUCGUCGUGUACGGCAGAAAGAUCAUUUUCUGUCCACUAAGCAGAAAGUAUGUAAUAUACUAUUUCCUCUCUUCUCCGUCUAAAAACAUACCUAAGAUCGGGGAUGUUGUAAUUGCGUCUGAAUAA